AGCCUCCUAGUGCAACUACUACAACUACAAUUGGAAUUUCUGCGACUUCAACUACUUUCACAAAUGCCUUUGGGAAGAAGAGAGCUAAUGUGGUGACUACCCCCAGCACAAAUAGAAAAAAUAAGAAAAAUAAAACAAAAGAGACUCCUCAGAAUAUGCAAAUAAUUUUGCCAGAUCAGCAUAUAUCUCUAGCACAGCAAAAAGCAGAUAAAAAUAAAAUAAAUGGAGAGCCAAGAGGUGGUGGUGCAAGUGGGAAUAGUGAUUCAGAUAACUUGGAUAGCACAGAUUGCAAUAGCGAAAGUAGCAGUGGAGGUAAAAGCCAGGAGUUGAACUUCACAAUGGAUACAAAUUCCUCUGAGCGGCGCUAUGCCUCAUUGCUUAUCCCCUCUCAGGAAGAAAAAACAAGCACCUCGGCUUCAAAAACACCAACGAGACUUGACGGUGAAAGUCAUUCAAAUUCUUUGUCAACUACUUACAAGCCUGUUUCCCUGCCUCUGACCUCUCCAAAUGUAAAGCUGAAUCUGACUAGUCCAAAAAGAGGCCAGAAAAGAGAAGAAGGCUGGAAAGAAGUGGUUAGAAGGUCAAAGAAAUUAUCUGUCCCAGCUUCUGUCGUAUCUAGAAUAAUGGGAAGAGGUGGGUGCAACAUCACAGCAAUUCAAGAUGUCACUGGUGCCCAUAUUGACGUUGAUAAGCAAAAAGAUAAGAAUGGAGAGAGAAUGAUCACUAUAAGGGGUGGUACAGAGUCAACACGAUACGCAGUGCAGCUCAUCAAUGCCCUUAUUCAAGAUCCUGCCAAGGAACUGGAAGACUUGAUUCCUAAAACUCAUAUAAGAACACCUGCUUCGAGUACCAAAUCAAUCCAUGCAAACUUUUCAUCUGGAGUCAGCACUGCGACUGCUUCAAACAAGAACUCCUUUCCUCUCGGAGCACCGCCCCUAGUCACAUCGCAGUCAUCAACACUAUCUACUUUCCAGCCUACUAACAAACUAAACAAGAAUGUUCCAGCAAAUGUGCGCUCAUCUUUUCCGGUGUCUCUUCCUCUAGCUUAUUCGCACCCUCAUUUUGCCUUGCUGGCUGCCCAAACUAUGCAACAGAUCCGGCACCCUCGCUUACCUAUGGCCCAAUUUGGAGGAACUUUUUCACCUUCACCAAACACUUGGGGACCAUUCCCAGUGAGACCAGUUAAUCCCGGCAGCACAAAUAGCUCUCCAAAGCAUAAUAGUUCAAGUCGUGAUAUUUUACAGACGGAGUCUCCUGGAUUAACUACUUCUAGUUGUCCCAUUACUGUCUCUUCUGUAGCUGCUUCCACCCAACCGCUGUGUGUAACCAGUAAUCGGACUCCGUCUUCGGUCAGAAAGCAGUUGUUUGCCUGCGUUCCCAAGACGAGUGCUGCAGCAACAGCAAUCUCAACUGUGACGAGCACCUGUAGCACUCUGCCAUCAGCUUCCUCUGCCCCCCCAAACAAUGGGCAAGUGCCCACAGCAUUUCUGCCAUCUAAUGCUCCACAAACGCAGCAUUCUGCACUUAAAGCGGACUCUUUCUCGGCUGUCUCAGCACCCAAAGAGAAGGUGUCAACACCAGACCAGCCCGUUGCAAAUGCGUGCGCACCAUCUUCGGUUGCAACUAGUUGCAGUAUGUCAGCUAGUAGCAACUCAGGAGUCACCGAAACUCGCCCGUCGAGCAGCCCUGCACUGCUAAAUAAUGUCCAAGAUGAAAUACUGCCAACCAGCAUGUCGGAGAUCAAUUCUUCCAUGUCGAUGCCUUUUUCAUCCAGCUCAGAAACUGCUCCUUUAAGCUUAACGUCACCCAGGUCAGUUGUUGCAGAUAAUCAGGACAACAGUAACUUACCUCAAGUAGCUGUACCAGCACCUCGAGUUACUCACAGGAUGCAGUCCAGAGGUUCUUUCUAUUCAGUGGUACCAAAUGCAAACCUCCAUCAAGAUCCUCAGUCUAUUUUUGUUACGAAUCAAGUUCCUUUAACACCUUCUCAAGGUCCACCCGCUGCAGUGCAGCUUUCAUCAGCCAUGAACGUUAUGAACGGUUCUCAGAUGCACAUUAACCCAGCAAACAAAUCAUUGCCUCCUACCUUUGGGCCAGCAACGCUCUUCAAUCACUUUAGUAGUCUUUUUGAUAGCAACCAGGUGCCAGCUAACCAAGGAUGGGGAGACUGUCCACUCUCUACCCGAGCAGCAGCUGACCCAUCUUUCACUGUUCAGUCUACCUUUCUGAAUAACUCUGUGAUAGGACACGUGGAAAACGUGCAUCCUGACAACUCCAAGGCUCCUGGUUUCAGGCCACCUUCCCAACGGGUUUCAACCAGUCCUGUAGGCUUACCCUCUCUAGAUCCAUCCAACAGCUCUACAACUUCUUCUUCAGGUCCUUUGACAGGCUUUUCAGCAAACAUACAAGGAGCACGGGUUUACCUUCAAGGGCCAGCGCCUGUUGGGACUCCCAGCUUUAACAGACAGCAUUUUUCACCACAUCCUUGGACAAGCGCAACAAAUUCAUCUGCUUCUGCACCUUCUAACUUGGGCCAGCCAAAAACGGGUAACACCAAUCAAGAUCGAAAGGUACCCCCUCCCAUCGGGACAGAAAGGCUUGCUAGAAUUCGACAAGGAGGAUCUGUCACUCCUACACCCUUAGGAACCAACUUCACGGCUCCUGUUGGUCAUAGCGGUAUUUGGUCCUUUGGAGUUAACAGUGUAUCUGAAGGCUUGUCAGGUUGGUCUCAGCCUGUCAUGGGAAAUCAUCCGAUGCAUCAGCAGCUGUCGGACCCGGGCACGUUUUCUCAGCAUCAGCCAAUGGAGAGAGAUGAUUCUGGAAUAGUGGCUCCCUCGAAUAUUUUCCACCAACCUAUGCCAAAUAGUUUUGUGGAUUUUUCUAAAGGCCUACCGAUUUCCAUGUAUGGCGGCACUCUAAUACCCUCGCAUCCUCAGCUAGCAGAUGGCCCGGGAGGCCCCCUCUUUAACGGGCUCCAUACUCCCGAUCCCGCCUGGAAUCCCAUGAUCAAAGUUGUCCAGAACUCAACAGAAUGUACUGAUGCUCAGCAGAUUUGGCCUGGCACCUGGGCACCUCACAUUGGAAACAUGCAUCUCAAGUACGUCAACUGAUUUAAGGGGGUCUAUCCUUUUUUAGCCUUGUUGGGAAUCUUUAUGAUCUUGAAGAACCCUGGGGAUUUUUUAAUGUGCCUAACUAAGCGAUUUUCUGUGGGCUGUAACAAUGGAAACUUGAUUGCCCGUUGUAUAAGAACAAAUUGAUUUACCUAUACAAACUGAUUCUGUUCUGCAGUUAGUUUAGCCAUUUUGAACUUAAAAAUCAGACAAAACUAGUGCUUUUGGCUAAACGCUACUGAACGCUCCUUGUAUGCAGCAGAGAACUAGCUGAUGACAUGAUUUCAACCUUUUAGGGUGGUAAAUACAUGUAUGAUUGUUUACAUACUUAAAAGGAAAAGCUGAGUAAAUUUCAUGUCGUAUAGUGGC